UUUUUUCACGUUUGGAAUAUUUCAACGUAUUCUCUAAUUGGUGCCAUUACUGGUGCUCUUAUUUUAUUGCUGUUUUUUUUUUCUUUCUUUCUAACGUUUGAUUUCAAAAUUCUGCCUAGAAAUUAAAAAUGAUUUUUUUAGGAUGUUAUUGGUACGAAGUAUCCACCAAGGACUAAUCUUUAUUGGCAACUUGACUAAUCACCUUUAGGGAGGUUUUCCGAAUCUAAUACCACUCGCACCAACAAUUUAUUGUCAUUAUGGUGCUAGUGCUAGUGAGUGCUGUUUCAUUUGUUUCAAUUUCAACUUUGUGUGCAGUUAUUGUUUCGUGGCUAUAAGUUGCAUCAGCUAGGUGCUUUGUGGAACUGAAUUUAUGCCCUUGAAUCAUUGAGUGUGUGACAAGAAUGGGGAGAGGGAAAGCAGAUGGGAAACCGAGAAAGCGGUUGGUCACAACUGUGUUACUUUUAGCGAUUGUUGGUGCUUUAUUUUACCUGUAUUCUAGGAAAAAUGGUUCAUCUUCUAUUGAGCAUGGUAGCAAAUCUGUAAAAUUUGGAGAUGACAGUGCUAUACCAAAGACCAUUCCAGUCUGUGAUGAUCGUCUAUCGGAGCUGAUUCCAUGUCUAGACAGAAAUUUCAUAUACCAAACAAGAUUGAAGCUUGAUCUGACUUUAAUGGAGCACUACGAACGGCACUGCCCAAUGCCUGAGCGGCGCUAUAAUUGUUUGAUUCCCCCUCCUCCAGGGUACAAGAUUCCAAUCAAGUGGCCCAAAAGCAGAGAUCAGGUAUGGAGGGCAAAUAUACCUCAUACCCAUCUUGCAACUGAGAAAUCUGACCAGAGAUGGAUGGUUGUAAAAGGUGAAAAGAUAGGUUUUCCUGGUGGAGGAACCCACUUCCAUUAUGGCGCUGGCAAGUAUAUUGCAUCAAUUGCCAAUAUGCUCAACUUUCCAAACAAUGUGAUUAACAAUGAAGGAAGACUUCGCAAUGUUUUUGAUGUUGGCUGUGGUGUUGCAAGCUUUGGAGGAUAUCUUCUUUCUUCUGAUGUAAUAGCAAUGUCAUUAGCACCAAAUGAUGUUCAUGAAAACCAAAUACAGUUUGCUUUAGAAAGAGGAAUUCCGGCAUAUCUUGGUGUCUUGGGGACACUAAGACUCCCUUACCCUAGUAGAUCUUUUGAACUUGCCCAUUGUUCUCGCUGUAGAAUUGAUUGGCUUCAGAGAGAUGGCAUACUUCUUCUUGAGCUAGAUAGGAUACUCAGGCCGGGAGGCUACUUUGCCUACUCAUCUCCUGAAGCCUAUGCUCAGGAUGAAGAGGAUCAGAGAAUAUGGAAAGAAAUGAGUGCUCUUGUAGGGAGGAUGUGUUGGAAAAUAGCUUCUAAGAGGAACCAGACUGUCAUAUGGGUCAAGCCUCUUACAAAUGACUGUUACUUGAAAAGAGAGCCUGAUACUCGCCCUCCGCUCUGCAGUCCUAAUGAUGAUCCUGAUGCUGUUUGGGGAGUUAAAAUGAAAGCUUGCAUCUCACGCUACUCUGAUCAGAUGCACAGAGCAAAAGGAGCUGGUUUGGCUCCUUGGCCAGCUCGAUUGACCACUCCACCUCCUCGUCUUGCUGACUUUAACUAUUCCACUGAAAUGUUUGAAAAGGACACGGAAUAUUGGCAACAAGAAGUUACUAAUUACUGGAAAAUGCUAGGCAAUAAAAUUAAGCCUGACACAAUUCGGAAUGUGAUGGACAUGAAAGCAAACUUGGGUUCAUUUGCAGCUGCUUUGAAGGACAAAGAUGUUUGGGUUAUGAAUGUGGUGCCAGAAAAUGGGGCAAACACUCUCAAGAUCAUAUAUGACAGAGGGCUGUUAGGAACAGUUCACAACUGGUGUGAAGCAUUUUCGACCUACCCUCGUACUUAUGAUCUGCUCCAUGCAUGGACUAUAUUUUCUGAUAUUAUUGAGAAGGAGUGCAGUCCAGAGGAUUUAUUGAUUGAGAUGGAUAGAAUCCUGAGGCCGAAAGGUUUCAUCAUUGUCCAUGAUAAGCGAUUGGUGGUGUUGUCUAUAAAGAAGUUCUUGCCAGCAUUGCACUGGGUUGCAGUGGUCACAUCUAAUGUAGAGCAAGAUUCAAACCAAGGCAAAGAUGAUGCAGUGUUGAUAAUUCAGAAGAAGAUGUGGCUGACAAGUGAGAGCAUCCGCAUUUCAGAAUAACAGCAUGCUCCCUCUAAUGGAUGCCACCAUUCUUUCCAUUCACUUGCAAGUUCAAAAUCUCAGCAAUACACCCUUGUGGAAAAUUGAUCUUGUAGCUUUUAUCUCGUGCUGUAGGUGCUCUUUUAUAUUUUAGUCAUAUUCUCUACACUAUAUAUAGGUAGAAGUGCUAGUGAAAGAUCAUCCCAAAUCAUCUUGGUUGAAUUUAUUUAAUUUUGGACACAAGUAGUCACCCUGCUAUUGUGAUCAAGAUAUUUUAGAUGAUUUUGAGUCUAAAUUAAUUUGAACAUAUUACAGGAUACUGAGGUUUUGUUUAUUUAUUUAUUUUUCCAUUUUGCUCCUGCU